UUUGGUAAAUGGAUUCAGAAGCAUUGGUUCAGUCUCCUUUUGCCUCGGACCUGAGAAACCUUAUCCAUGACUUUAUAGACAACUGGCUGUUUCAGCUGCUCUCUGGAGUGUCAGAACCCUUGAGUUUCGUCACUUUCUGUAAGCUCUGGAAGGAAAGUAACUUUGAAGUCAUUCACCUUUGUCGUCCUAGAAGGUUAGAACCAGAGAGGUUCCUACAACAACUCUUCCAAACUACUUUGUUAUUUUUCGAACGCCCUUCGCUUGUUAAGCUUCCUAGAAUAGACGAAUAUUUAGAUAUUUUGAAGGAAGAACUGUACCUUGUUGUUCAAAUAGCUUGUAUCUACAUUUUAUAUUUAUUGUACGUUACGCAAAAGGUGGAAAGUUCUCGUGAAAAAAUAAGAAUAGAUUUGGCUUGCUUUAAGACUUUGUUGCAUUGGUUGACUUUUCGGAAACUGGAAAACAAAGAAGAUGGAUCAAGGGACACUCUCAAGUUAGUUAUUUAUUUACUAAAGGAGAAAGCCGUUCGGAUAUGUUACUUUAAGUUGCCACUUCAGCUACCACAAAAUCUGCUGGAGCCUCUCCAACCAUCAGUUAUUUUUGAAUAUGAACUCGAAGUGGAAGAGAGCGGUUCCCAGGAAGGCGACAAGUCCAAGUGCAGUACUCACAAAACUUGCAUAAACAGUGAAAUGAGUAGCUUGUGGGACCGUGCUGGUGAGAUUCUGACUGUCUUUGAAGUCGAGAGACUUGAAAAGUCUUGGAGGAAAUGGGAAUCCUUGUUGAAGCAACUACGUGAGCAGAAAACAUAUGUGUCUCAAUUUUCUUACAAGGAUAGUUUUCAUGAAGACAUAACUUAUGUAUUAGAAAGAAUGAAAAGGUCACUACCUAAAAAGUGAAAAGUGGAAUUUUUGUCAAGUUCUCUUUUUUUGUGAUAAGAUAUCCAUAAACAAGUUUGGAUUCUU